GAGCCGCACGUCACACCCUCACCGCUCAGUAUCUGCCCCUCCUACCUAGAGUUUUGGUUUUUAACACAACUUUCAAGACAGCUCUAGACCAUUUGAAGCCUACUAAGAGUCACAGCUCUACACUUCUGAGGUUACCAGACGCCUACGACCAUAACCAUGCCCAAAGUGGAGGAAUGGGUGCGCACUUCCAUGCGAACCCCGGGAAUCUUCAUUUUCGGGAUGGUUUUCGCGCCCUGCGGCUGGAUCCUGAACCUAACGUCCACAGUGGCUCCGAAUUGGAGAUCUAUACACAAUAUUCCAAACCAAUCUAAAGACAUGAUACUACAGCAAGGCAUAUGGGACAUUUGUCAAGCGUUUGAGUCGAGUAGGGUAAUACAAUGCAAUCAACCAGACGUGGAGUACCUUAAUAACCAGAUCAUCCCUAUAGCCCAAGGGUUGAUGGUUGCUUCUCUAAUCGUUACCCUUAUCGGUCUGGCCGUGGCAAUCCCGGGGAUUCGCUGCUGGACGGACCGUCCCAGUUGGACCGUCGCUGGGAUUGGCGGACUGCUUAUCUUUUUAUCCGGAGUGAUGACACUUAUCCCAAUCGCCUGGUACACUCAUAUCUUAAAAGACAUUAAGGCGCAAAGCACAGACAUCCGCGUGGACUUCUGCAUUAUUCUGGGGUACAUCGGGGGCAUUUUUGAAGUGGUCGCCGGCUUCGUCAUGUUCAUUGGCAUUUGUCGAUGCUGCGGCGGCAAGAACCGGGGAGAAAAACGGGUGGAGGAAGUUCCUGAAUUCAGACACACAAGGAACCCUCCGAGGCGGGUCGCCGUGCCAAGUGUAAUCCGGACCACGAGCAGUGCCAGCAGCGUGCCUUAUUCCAAGAACUCCAUGGACGAGGAGGUGGACUUCCCCCGGGCUUUCCCGCGGACUGGACCGCGGUCCGGUGCCCUGUCUGCCAACUCGUAUGCCAGCAAACCGUAUGAUGCCGACUUGUGAAGUGGAUUUUAGUUUCCCACGUGUUACUAAUUAAAAUGAAGGAAAAUGACAAUAUAGGCUGCUUAUUUGAUAAACUCUUUGGUUAAGAUUGUGGGACAUUCUUACAGGCAGUCAGUCUUUUUAACUAUGAAUUUGUUUGAAUAAAGUCUUGUGUAAAUAUUUGACCUAA